AUGCUCGCCCCAUCUCAGCCUGGCGAAUUGUAUAUUCGUGAGUGUGGUCGUGCACGGACGCUUUUAAAGAUACGUGGUACAGAAGAAAAGCCUCCUGCAACAGACCUCGUGAUGCAGGCAGUCGCAUCGCACGUAUUGCCCAGCAACUCACAUCCUCAGACGUGGUUUUUGUACAGCCUUAUGAAUCCUAAUUCCAGCUGUGAUAUGGACACACCGAUCAGCGAAUGCCUACAACAAGAAGGCGUAGAACGAGAUCUCGUCGAUGCAUUUUUACAAUACACCGACAGCUCUGUACCAUCAAGAGGAGUUCAACAAGCAAAGACAGUACUCAACCAGAUUGCAAACAAUAAAGCCAAGUCGCUGAAUCCUCGGCGAGCUUGGGUCGACUCUCGCAUGAAAGUUUCAGGUCGACAAAGCUCUCCUCGAUGGCUAACACCAGGUGAACUGGAAGACUUCAUCAAGGAGCGCUCUACAAAUGCUCUCUCUGAAACAGACGCGAUUCGUCGUUUGAUAUUUAUCCAGGGACUGGAUCGGAGUUUCGUUCGUGGGAUCGCACGGUCCUCAUCUUGGAAUGAAGUUUCGGCCUUGAGACUCGCAAUACGCAGCCACCUUGCACGUGAAGCUUGUAUCAAGGUGCGUAUACCGUACACUGGCUUCACUACUUUUCAUCUUGAAUUCAGUCUACCGUACUUAGUUUUGGAAGAACAAGACCGUUCGAAAGCUCUACCAAUCGAGAAUGCGAGCGCAGCUGAACUACUGAAAACAAACCUCUCCUUUCUCAGUAUUGGGUCGCGAAAAGAUGGGCACGCCGCUCAAUUCUCUAUCUGGAAAGUACAUGAAACUGUGCUCAUUUCUGGUUGUGAUAGCUCGGAAUGGACUGGUUAUGCUUUCUCAUCCUUCAAGUCUUCAGCUGAGAACAUAAAGGAAGAGGAUGACAACGAUGUGAAUGAAGACGAAGAUUCUAAUGAAGAAAUUCCAGAAGAAGAUCUUUUUGCUACAGGUGGCACGGAUUACGAUGACCAUCAGGUGCUUGAUGCUAGGACGCCGAUAUGGGACCCCAGAGUGUACUUUCUAACCGUCUUCGCUAUCCGAAUGCGGAUAAUCUACGAGAGGUACGAGUUUCUUGCCAGUACCCUUAGAUCAGGGGUCGAAAACUGGAUUUCGCAUUCGAUAUACACCCCGUGGAAUUCAUUGCAAACGCCGAGCUCUGGCACUGAAAUUAAAAUUCUGAAUGAUAAUAUCAAACAGAUUGGGCUAGUGUUACAUGAGUUGAGUACAUGUUUGUCGGAUACUAUAGCUGUAUGGGAAAGAUUCCAUAGUGUUGAUGGAGAUGUUCAAUAUUUCUCUGACAUCAAGGACCGGAAGGCAAGACUUGCCCUCAAAAAGACCAGAGAGAGCUUCCAGAAUCUGAAAUUCGAGCUGCGUCGGUUGAAACUUUUGAAGAGGGCCCUAAAAGAUGCUACCGUGACCCUUCGGAUGGACCUGAUGGACCAGCUCAGUGUAUCUGUCAAGGAAAACUUGAGACAUAGUAUGGAUCUCAGCAAGCAUAGUAGACUCAGUCAGAAGUUUGUUGAAGAGAAUAUCAAAAUCGCAAGGGCGAAUGUACCGCUGGCCCAAGUAACGGCCUCAAUUGCCGUCGCUCUGCAAUACUUCUGUAGCGAGCGCAACUUCCUUUCAAUUGACCGCAGCCCGAAGGCAUUCGUACUAUCUAUUCCCAUAGUACUGGUCCUCCUGUCGUUCGUGGCACCUUGCGUUCAAAUGUUGCAAUUGAUACUGAGCACAUUACCUGCAUUGCUCNCAAAGACUUCAACCUUUGAAAGGAUCACAGAAAGUUCAGUAUUCAAAACAGUCGACAGAUGGAUGAGUUGCCUGUAUCAUGAAGUCGACGAAGUUGAAAACAACGUUUGA